AUAUAAUCCCAUUGACAUUGAACAGUGUGAAGAUUUGAUGCAAUAGUAUCAAAUAAAAGAUAACAAAAGUCUGUGAAAAUCGUAAAAAGAUAUAAAAACAAAAAAUAUAUCUAGAAAACAUUCAAUUGGGACAAAGAUUUUAAGCAGAAAAGUUUACGUUUAAAAUUAAAGCUAGAAAAAAAUAUGUUAAAAUUGGUGUUUAUUUUUGCCUUAAGUAUUGGAUGUAUCCAAUAUGCUAAAGCAGUUUGUCAUGUAUGUAAUGAACGAAAUGGUGUGGCCUGUAUAAGUGAAACCGAGUUUCAUCCAUGUUUUGGAAAUGUUCCCGAUACCUCAUUAAAGUUUUCGUGUUUAGGAGAGAAUGAAAUAUGCACAAUAAAAGGUAAAGCUUGUAUGGAUAAAGACUUACCCGUCUCUCCUGCUUGUGGUGAUACCUCGAAUUGCGGCAAGUGUAGUAAAGAGCCAAAUGCUGAUGGAAUGUUUGCCUGUACAAGUCGUACAACAUUUACCAUGUGUCUUGAUGGUGAAUUAAGUGAUAUACGCUUAACAUGUCCAGAAGAUCAAAUCUGUGAUAUAAGUAAAGGAAAAAAUAAGGAAUAUCCAUGUGUUCCCAGCUGUAAAGAGAACGAAAUCGAAUUUUGUGAUCUUUACGAUCCAAUUGAUGUGCCUGUGACUACAACACCAGAACCAACGACAACAACUGAAUUACCCACAACAACGACAGAAAUGGGUACAACAAUGACAACAACAGAAAAGGAUACAACCACAACAACAGAAAAGGAUACAACGACAACAACAACAGAAAAGGAUACAACGACAACAACAACAGAAAAGGAUACUACAGCAACAACAACAACAGAAAAGUAUACAACAGAACCGAUUACCACAACUACAGAAAAAAUUACCACAACAACCGAAGAGAUCACUACAACAACGAUAUUUGCUCCUACACCUCCAGAAGUCAUUACAACAACUACAGAAGAACCCACCACCACAGAAAAUCCAGCUGAACUUGUAUGCUCACAACAGACAGCAGCUGGACGUUAUCCCUAUCCAAAUGAUACCACCUGUAAAAACUACAUCUACUGCUUCAAAAAAGGUGGAGCUAUGCAAACGACUUUCCUGAAAUGCCCUCCUGAACUUUAUUUCAAUCCUUCGACAAGCUUGUGUGGUCAAGUUAAGCCUGAGGGUUGUCUCUAAAUGUAAUUGUUUUUUUUUACGAUUUAAGAUUUAGUAUUUAGCUCUUAAAGCUAAUUUUAGUAAUAAAUAUUAAAGAAAGUGAAUGAAUGAAAGACAAAGA